GUUAUGUUGGGGUUGGUUUCUUCUAUAUCUAGUCUGUUCAUGGUUUUUAUCUUGAAGGAAUAUUUACUUUUACUGAGGGGUUUUCUGUAUUUAUUCAGUUGAUCAUAUGAUUUUUGUCCUUCAUUUUGUGGAUGUGAUUUAUUGGAUUUAUUGAUUUCUGUAUGCUGAAUCAUCCUUCCAUCCCUGAGAUAAAUCCCACCUGAUCAUGGCAAAUCACCUUUUUUGAUGCCGUUGUACUCUAUUUGCUAAUAUUUCGGUGAGGUUGUUUUUGCAUCUAUGUUCAUCAGAGAUACUGGUCUUCAGUAUUGCCUGUUUUGGUCCUUGUCUGGUUUUAGUGUUGUGAUAAUGUUGUCCUCAUAGAAUGACUUUUUAAAAAUUCCCAUGUUUCAAUACUUUGAAAUAGUUUGAGAAGCAUUGGUAUUUGUUCUUCCUUACACGUUUGGUAGAAUUUAGCUGUGAAUCCAUUUUUUCCUGUGCUUUUUUUUAAAUUGGGAGGUUUUUUAAUGUUGACUCAAUGGCGUUAGUCUCUACUGGUCUAUUCAGGGUUUCUCUGUCUUCAUGGUUCAAUUUUGGUAGCCUAUACAUGAUCAGAAAUUUGUCCAUUUCUUCUAGGCUCUACAACUUGUUGGCAUAUAGUUGUUUUAGUAGUUCCAACGAUCUUUUAUUUCUGUAUCAGUUGUAAUGUCUCCUUUUCACUCCAAUUCUAUUUAUUUGUGUAUUCUCUUUUUCUUGGCUAAUCUAGCUAGAAGUUCCUUGAUUUUGUUUAUCUUUUCAAAAAAACUGUUUUGUUUUUCUUUUAUAUUAGUCUCCAUUUCACUCAUUUAUGUUCUGAUAUUUGUUAUUUCUUUCCUUCUACUAACUUUGGGCUUGGUUCAUUCUUGCUUUUCCACAACUUGAGAUGCACCAGUAGGUUGCUUAUAUGAAAUCUUUUAAUUUUUUGAUGCAAUCAUUUAUUACUAUAAAUCCCUCUUACUGCUGCUUUUGCUGUAUCCUAUAAAUUCUGUCAGGUUGUAUUUCCAUUUUUCUUAAUUUGAAGAAAUUUAAAAUUUUCCUUUUGAUUUCUUAAAAUAAAACUUAUUGCCCAUCCAAUACGCUGUUCAGUGUCCAUGUAUUUUUGUAGUAUCUAAGGCUUCAUUUGCUGUUUGUGACUAGUUUUAUUCCAUUGUGGUCAGAAAAGAUGCAUGAUAUGAUUUUGGUUUUUAGAACUUGCCAGGCAUUUUAUUGAUCAGUAGCCAGGGUGUUCUUUAAAAAAUGUUUCAUGGUUUGAUGAAAAGAAUUUGCAUUCUGCAGCUGAUGAAUGAAACAUUCUGUAAGUGUCAGUUAGAUCCUUUUGGUCUACAGUAUAGUUUAACGCUGAUGUUUCCUUGUUGAUUUUGUCUGGAUGAUAUAUCCUUUGAUAUAAAUAGGACAUUGAGGUCUUCCAAUAUUAUAGUCAAACUCACUUCUACCGUUAGGUCUAAUUUUGCUUAUUCUUAUAAAACUGGGUGUCCCAGCCUUAGGUGAGAAUACAUUUACAAUUGUUAUAUGAUCUUCUUGAAUGAAUCUUUUAAUCAUUAUUUAGUAAACUUUGCCUCUUUUUAUAGCUUUUGUAUUUAAUUCUAUUUUUUCUGAUAGAAGAAUAGCUACUUUUCGCUCACUUUUUGGUUUCCAUUUGUUUGGAAUAUCUUUUUCUACCCUUUCACUUUCAGUCUGAGUGUGUCUUUACUGGUGGAAGUGAGUUUCCUAUAGGCAGCAUAUCACCAGGUCUUGUUUUUUAAAUCCCUUUAACCAGUAUCUCCAUCUUUUAAUUGGAGAUUUGAUCCAUUUAAGGUUAUUAUUGAUAAGUAAGGACUUACACCUGUCCAGUUGUAAAGUGCAUCUGUUUAUUUUGUUCAACUCCUCCUCCCUUAUGUUCAUCUUUGUGGUCUGUUAUAUUGAUGGUGGUUGGUUUUUUUCUUCUUCUAUUUUAGGCAUUUGAUCUUCCAGUGAGUUUUGUAAUUUAAUAUGUCUUCAUAUGAGUAGCUAUCUUUGUUUUUGCUUCUGAAUAUAAGACUCUCUUACACAUCUUUUGGUAAAGCUGGUUUGGUGGUGAUAAAUUGCCUUAGGUUUUACUGUCUUGAAAAGUCUUUAUUUCUUCUUCAUUUCUGAAGGAUGGUGUUUUGAAUAUAGUACUCUUGGUUGACAGUUACUUUCUUUUAGUACUUGGAAUAUGUCAUUCCAUUCCCUCCUGUGCUUGUAAAAUAUCUCUAAGAAUUCAGCAGUUAGCAUAAUGGAUAUUCUCUUCAGUGUGACUUGGUGCUUUUGCCUUGUGGUUCUUAGAACUCUGCUUUGUACUUUUGACAACUUUGCUGUAAUAUGCCAUACUGAAGAUCUUUUUCUGGCCAUGUCUGUUUGGAGUCCCAUGGGCCUCCUGAAUUCGUGUGCCCAUAUCUUCCCAAGAGUAGGAAAGUUGGCAGCUAUUAUCUUAUUGAAUAGAUUUCCUAUGUCUUUCCCCUUUUCUUCCCAUCCAAAUAUUUGCAAGGUACAUUUAGUGAUGUCCCAAAGGUUAUUUAUUUUUUGACUGAAUGGACUAUUUCAAUAUAGUUGCCUUCACAUUCAGAUAUUCUUUCUUCUGCUUGAUGUACUGUGCUGUUGAUGGUUCUUCUGUAUUUUUUUUUUUACUUAAUGAGCUCUUCGUUACCAAGAUUUCUGUUUGGUUCUUUUCAAGCUAUCUCAUUACUGGCUUUCUUAUACAUUUAAUGAAUUGUUUUCCUAAUUUUGUCCAAUUAUUUGCUUAUAUUCGUCAAGUUUCUUAAUAAUCAUAAUUUUGAAUUUUUUUGGCUGUGCUGGGGGUUGAACUCAAGGCUUCCCAUUGUAGUUGAAUGUGACAGGUACACACCACAAUAUCCAGACGUGGGUUAAAUGGGGAUCUCAUGAACUCUUUGUCCAGACUAGCCUCAAAUCACAAUCCUCCUGAUCUCAGCCUCCCAAGUGAGUAGGAUUAUAGGUUUGAGCUACCACACCUGGCUAUCCUUUGAAUUUGUUAUCAGGUAUUUCAUCGAUAGCCUUUUGUUUAGUGUCUGUUGCUAAGCCUCCUUUGGAUGUAUCAUGUUUUCUUACUUCUUGUGUCUCUAUUAACAUAUUUGAACACUCAGCAUAUCGUUGUCACUAUCACUUUUAAAAGAUGACUUUCAUAGUAAAAGGCUUUUCCCCGUUUUUGGGUGUCAGUUUGAUAGACUACUUUGAUUUUGAUUAUUGUUGGAAAUCAUUUCUAUUUCCCUAUAGCUUCUUUGACAGUGUGGUGGGAGGUCAAAACUUGGGAGUACUCACCUUCGGUCCUGACUUGCCACUUAGGCAGAACAAGAGCACUUGUCUCAUUGUUGGCACGUGCGUUAGUAGCAGAAGAGGGGGAAAUCCUUCUUUUUAUUUAGGAAGGAACAGUUUAAGUAGCAUUGUGAAUAUCAGAGUUUUACAAAUUAAAUAAGAAUCCCCCCUGAGAAAUCAUCUGGUCCAGUACUCUUAUUUGUGGAGAAACUCCUUAAUUUCGCUAUUAUUUCUUUCAUAGUGAUUAGGUCAUUUCAUGCUCCCAUCUGCAGUGAGAUGGUAACAAUAAUAGAAUAUUACAAAUUUUCAGAGAGAGGGAGAAGAAACAAGGUUUGGGAAUCGUUCCCAUUUACCUACAUUGGCAUUUAUUUCUCUUUUCCUUCCUUCGGAUCUGUAUGUGCCUAAGCUCCAGUCUGCUUGCACAAACAUGGCUGGCAAUGAAAACAUCACUCUGAGGAUUGUUCUGGUAGGGAAAACCGGAAGUGGGAAAAGUGCCACCGCAAACACCAUCCUUGGGGAACAGAAAUUUCCUUCAAAGAUUUCUGCCCAUGCUGUUACCAAGACCUGUCAGAAAGCAUCCCGGAAAUGGAAGGGGAGAGACCUUCUCGUUGUUGACACCCCAGGGCUCUUCGACACCAAGGAGAGGUUGGAAAACACCUGCGUGGAAAUCAGCAAGUGUGUGCUGUCCUCCUGCCCGGGACCUCAUGCCAUCGUCAUAGUUAUACAGCUGGGCCGUUUCACAGAAGAGGAGCUGAGGACUUUGGCUUUGAUCAAGGCGGUCUUUGGGAAGCCUGCCAUGAAGCAUAUGAUUGUCUUAUUCACUCGCAAAGAAGAGUUAAAGAAUGAAAGCCUUGAGAACUUUAUAAAAGAGGCAGAUGUGAAUCUAAAAAGCAUCAUAAACGAGUGUGGGAACCGCUACUGUGCCAUCAGCAACAGUGCAGACGGGGCCGAGAGGGAAAGUCACGUGCAGGAGCUGGUGGAGCUGAUAGAGAAGACGGUACAGGACAAUGGAGGGACUUACUUUUCUGAUGACAUUUACAAGGACACAGAGGAAAGGCUGAAACAACGUGCUGAGGUUUUAAAGAAAAUUUACACCGAGCAAUUACAUAAUGAAAUCAAACUAAUAGAAAAGGAAUUUGCUAAUAAGUCAAGUCAACAAAAGGAGGAAAAAAUUAAAAUUGCAAGGAGGAAGUAUGAGGACAACAUAAGAAAUAUAAGGGAAGAGGCUGAGAGAAACAUAUUUUCAGAUGUUUUAAACAGGAUUUUGAAGACACUUUCAAAAAUAUGGAAUAUGUUUUGGAAUUAAUGUAGAGUUCAUCAUUUCUUUUUAAUUUACUAUGAUUCGUUGAUGUAGUGAGUUGUGUUUUCCAAAGAUAGUUGCAACAAUAUCUUCCCACCACUUAAUUUACUUAAGUAUAAUUGAAAAAUAAAAAUCAUGUGCUGUAAUGUGGACAAUGUGAUGUUUUGAUUAGGUAUACAUUGCGAAAUGAUUAAGUGAAGACAAUUAAUGUACUAAUCAUCUCAUACUGUCUUUUGUUGGGUGUACUGAGAACAAUUUAAGGUCUAUUUUCUUUGCAAAUUUCAAAAAUGCAAUCCGGUGUCACUACCUACACUCUCAGCAGCUUGUUGGUCUUGCAUAUUAAACCCCUGCACCCUGUUGAAAUGGGGUCUUUCUAACUUUCUUGCCUGGGCUGGCAUCAAACCGUAUCCUCCCAAUCUCUGACUUGCAAAUAGCUGGAUUACAGUUGUAAGGCAAAACAACUGGCCAGGAUUUCAUUUUUAAGGCUGAAUAAUAUUCCAUUAUACACACAUGCUAACACACACACACACACAUUCCACAUUUCUUUUAACUUUUCAUGUGUUCAUGUAUACUUGCACUGUUUCAAUAUCUUGUCUAUUG